AUGAACAGUGCCGAUCACAGUUAUAGCACCUUAGAGGUAGCCGAGCAGAGGCCAAAGGCAGACAGCAGCCCGGUAGCAGGGCAAGAUGGGUUACAGUUUGCGGGUGAUGAUGGCAAAGAAUACGUCCCUCCUCACCUGGCUCAGGGUAAGGAAUACUCCCCAUACCGCGACGAUCCCAGCGGACAACACAUGCCAGUCCACGACAGUCACAGCAAACCAGACUUCGCGCCAGCAGUUUUCGAUGCCGCGCAAGACAAAGCACCUCCGACUCGACCGUGGUGGAAAAGAAGGAAAAUACUCAUCAUUCUUGCUGUCAUUGCAAUAGUCGUUCUGGCGGCGGUUCUGGGAGGUGUUUUGGGCACGGUGCUCAAUAAAAGUGACUCGAGCAGUUCGGGGGAGUCGAGCGGCUCCAGUGAUGGCUCGUCUUCUGGCGGUGGCUCCUCGACGCCAUCUACACCGCCUGCCCAGUCAUUACUGCAGCGCUCCGUGGCGGCUGCGUCUACCGAAGACGGGUCAGUAAACCGGACAUGGGUCUUUUAUCAGGACGACAGUGGCCGGAUCAUGACGGCUGGCUCGACGUCUCAGCAGUCGUCGUGGAGCACAGACUCGAUCGGCGCGUCGGCGAAGAACGGUUCAGCUCUUGCAGCUGCUGUGUCCCGUCCCGGUUCUCCUUUGGCGAUCAGCAUCUUCUACGUCGACGAGAAUGAUGUCCUCCGCGAUACCAUUCUCGAUUCCUCAAGUGGAAAAUGGACGCCUGGCACGAUAGCAGACGAGUCGUGGAAGGUGACGCCCGGAUCAGGCAUUGCGGCAUUGUACAACCAAUGUGCGCGCUGUGCGAACACGACGUAUGUUGCCUUCCAAGACAACAAUGGCUUUGUCCAAAUGGGCAACUUCAGCUCAAGCGGCGGCUGGACUUUCAACCAACUGGGAAAUAACCUCGACCCGGCCGUGGGCACUGGGCUUGCAUUGCAGCCUUUUUUCCGCCCUACCUUACCAGACCAGAUCAAUCUCUACUACCAAAAGGCCAAGAACCACAACAUGACUCUGGCUGCCUAUCAAGAAUCCGUUGCGGGAUUGGACAGUCCCGGCUGGCGCCUUAACGUGCAAACCUACGCCGCCUUCUCCAAAGGCUCCCCCAUUGCGGCCGCCUCCUCAUACAGCAACGUCAGUGCUGGCUUUGAAUCCUGGAUCAAGGUCCUGUCACUCUCCUCAUCCGGGAUCAAAGUCAACACAUGGGAAGGCACCGAGAAUGACUGGUCCUCGUACUACGCAUCUCCCACCCAGCUAGCCAACUCGACCCUCAAUGAAAAGCUGUACGGCGAUGUUGCAAUGACUGCCACCGGAACUGCCUUUGCGGUCACGCAGCAAGGGGACGGGGCUCCGCAGAUCCAGAGCUGGCAACUGGCGGACGACUUUCACUCGUGGGAAGAGGGCAGUGCGAUUGAGGCGUGGCGAUGA